AUGAAAACGAAAAGCCCUUGGGCCUCCUCUAUCCAUUUCUUCCCUGACACAGAGAACCAGAAGGCCAUGCGCUGCGACCACAGUGCCACAGAUGGAGGGAACUCGGGCCCCGAGAGGACAGUUGGAACCAAGUCCUGCCAACCUCGGUCACAGAGAGUGACCAGAGGACAUCGCUGCAGCAGCCUCUCCUGGAGAGGAGCCCAAGGAACCUUGCUUCUGGACAGAGAUGGACGGAGGAGCCCCGUGGAAGCCCGGAGAAUGCAGGCCGCAAACGCACUGAAGGGCCCGAGGCUGGUGUCUGGGGAGCUCGGAGGAGCUGUCACCAUCCGGUGCCAUUACACACCCCUGUCCAUCAACAGGCACCAGAGGAAAUACUGGUGCCGCCUGGGGCCUCCGACAGGGACCUGCCACACCGUCGUGUCCACCAACCACUACACCCACCCCGGCUACCGUGGCCGUGCGGCUCUAGCAGACUUCCCCCAGAGCAGCGUGUUUGUGGUGAGGCUGUCCCAGCUGUCCACGCGUGACGAGGGACACUACCGCUGCGGCAUUGGGAACAGCAACAACGCGUUGUUCUUCAGUGUGAGUCUGACUGUCUCGGCAGGUUCCUCCAGGGCCAUCCCCACAGCCCCUCCAGCUGCUGGCGAGUUUCUCACAGAACCCUUUGGGGCAGCAUCACUAGCAGCCAACAGAUGGACUUCGGGAGCCACCCGGACUCUAGACGGACAGGGGACGAAGUGGGACAGAGCUGUUCCAACUACAGAGACCAGGAAAACCACAGCUUCAGCUCAGAGAAGACAGACCCCGGGGACCGUCAGGGCGGUAGCUCGGGGGGCGGACAGUGGUGCAGAAAGUUCCAUUCAGGCAACUGUCCCUGUCCCGCAAAGUCCAGUCUCAAAACUCGGAGGCCUGUCCAGUACCACAGAGGAUGUUUGGGGAUGGGGCACCUGGCGCUUGGUCACAGAGGGGGCUGGGCUCAGGGAGGGUGGAAAAGCUACUGGGACCGGGAAGCCCGGGGAGCAAACAGAAAGGACUGAAAUAGCUGGGGAUGCAGCCAGGAAGACCACAGGAACCAUCUCGCCAUCAGCCCAGGCCUGGGAAACUCUACCAGAAGCAGCUGUGGUUCCUAAGCAACAAGCACUGGUCUCCACUGAUGGAGCAAGCGGGGCUGCAAGUCCAUGGACCUUGGACACCACCCGCAGAGAGCCAGCAUCUGUGGAAGGAAGCCCCGGGGGGGAUCCGAGCAGCGCUGCUGGAGACCAGGGUUUCCAAGCAACACCAAGUCAGGGCCCAGCAGCAGGGCCCCGGAGGCGCCCUGAGGAGUCCUCCAGGAAGAGUGCUUUUCCAGAAGGCGAGAGUGGCUCGUGGACCCUGACUCCAGUCUUCGUCAUGCUGGCCCCAUUUCUGCUUGUGGCUCUGGUCCUAUGGCAAAGGCGACUCUGGAGAAGGAGGAGCUCUCGGGAGGCAGAAAGGACACCGAGAGUCACCCUGAUCCAGAUGACACGUGUGCUGGAGCUGAACCUCCAACCAGACCAGCUGCCCAACGUGAAGAAGCUGCAGGGUGACCCUCUUCCUCCUCCUCCUCCCCAAGCCAGCCUGCCUGUCCUGGAGAGGGACCCAGGACCCUGA